AUGCCUGUCUCUCGCGAUGUCACCGUUCUGAACUCGGCUUCCCUCUCGUUCAUUGGGGGUAACUGCACUCGUCAGCAGGGACAUGACUGGAGCUUACUCCCACCGACAUGGGACUUGAAGGAAAUCGAUACGAAGCGAGAAGGAAGACAAUUUGCUUAUGUACCUACCCUGACUGCCUGGUCCGAGUGGCCCAAAUGUUUCAAUGCUUCCUUCCGGCUGAAUAACCCACCCAACGAGAAAUACAACUACUACCAGUUUGCCAGCCAGUCUACAUGCCAGUCUGCAUGCCAGCUCUACACACAACUCUCGCUUAAAGACUCAGAGACAAAGUCCGAGAUAACCUUGGUAAGAUCACUUCUGUGA